GGUCUCCCUCCCCGGUCAGUCCCCUCCUACAGCGGGACACAUCGUAGGGCAGCAGCAGCUGGCUUCUUACCUGGAGAAAGCUCUGACUGUGGGGCCAAAAAAUGUGGUGCUGUUCCUACAGGACAAGAUGAGUAUCGAGGACUUCACCAUGUACGGAGGGGCUUUUGGAAACAAGCAGGACAGUGUUUUUCCUAACCUGGAGAGUGCUCUGAUGUCCUCGUCCUCCCCCCUGGUGUUACCUGCUGUGUCCUGGCCUGCCUCAAAUGCAGUGAUUGGCCAGCUGCAGGACCAGUUAGAAACCUCCCCGCUGUACAUGGACCCCGAGACACUCAGUCAGCUGAGACUCAACGCCUCAUCACCCGCCUUGCUGGUGUUCAGGCUGCCGUACGGCAUCGGUGCUGAUCUGAUGUCUGCCAAAGAGAUACUCAGUGGAAACG